AUGGAUGAUGGGUUUGCUCUUGGUGUUAUUGAUUACCAGACUGUAAUAAAUGCUUUAUGCAAGAAUGGGUUUGUACAAGCUGCUGAAAUGUUCUUUUCAAGAGUUUUGAAACUUGGGUUUUUGUUGGAUACUCAUAUCUGUACCUCUUUGGUGCUGGGUAAUUGCAGGGUUGGUGAUCUCAAUGAGGCCUUUCUAGUGUUUGAGAAAAUGUCUAAAGAGGAUGGUUGUGGUGCCAAUAGUGUUACUUACUCAGUGCUUAUACAUGGUCUAUGUGAAGAUGGUAGGCUUGAUGAAGCGUUUUGGCUAAAGGAAGAGAUGAAUGAAAAGGGUUGCCACCCAAGUACUCAUACCUACACUGUACUGAUUAAAGCUCUUUGUGAUGUAGGAUCCACUGAUAAGGCUUUUGGUUUGCUUGAUGAGAUGGUCAAGAAGGGAUGUAAACCAAAUAUUCACACUUAUACAGUAUUGAUGGAUAGGCUAUGUAGAGAAGGUAGGAUUGAGGAGGCUAAUGGAAUGUUCAGAAAAAUGUUAGAUGAUGGAUUGGUUCCUGCCACAGUAACGUAUAAUGCACUGAUUAAUGGUUACUGCAAAGAAGGUAAAGUAGUUUCUGCUUUUGAGCUUCUUGGCGUGAUGGAAAGGAGUAAUUGCAAGCCCAAUAUCCGUACUUUCAAUGAGCUUAUACAAGGGUUAUGUAAAGUCAAUAAACCUCACAAAGCAAUGGAACUGUUGAGAAGGAUAGUUGACACUGGGUUAUUCCCCGAUGAAGUAACCUACAAUAUUCUGGUUGAUGGGUUUAGCAAGGCAGGCCAACUCGACAUGGCUUUCAGAGUAUUUAAUUCAAUGAACUCCCUUGGUCUUGAACCUGAUGGUUUUACUUACACUACAUUAAUUGAUGGGCUCGGUAAAGAAGGGAGACCAGAGCAAGCACAUGGGAUCUUGGGUUUGAUGGUGAAGAAGGGAAUAUUCCCAGAUGAAGUAACAUUUACAGCUCUUAUUGAUGGAUAUUGCAAGACAGGUAAAACUGCAAAUGCCUUUAUGCUUUUUGAGAGAAUGGUCAAGAACAGGUGUUUGACUACACCUCACGCAUUCAACUCAUGUCUUGAUGUUCUCAGCAAAGAAAAUAAGGUGAAUGAACAAAAUACAAUGUUUGGAAUGAUGCUAAAGUACGGCCUAAUUCCUUCUGUGGUAACUUACACCAUAUUGAUUGAUGGGCUUUGCCGAGCAGGUGAUACUAUCCACUCCUUGAACGUUUUAGAUCUUAUGAAGCAGGCGAAUUGUCUCCCAAAUGUAUAUACAUACACUGUUGCAAUCAAUGGCCUCUGCCAGAAUGGUAGAGUGGAGGAAGCAGAGAAUGUUCUGUAUAAGAUGUCCAAUUCAGGUGUCUCUCCAAAUGACAUCACUUAUACUGUAUUAUUGAAGGCGCAUAUCAAAGCUGGUCAGUUGGAUUGUGCUUUUGAGUAUUUGAAAACCAUGGUUGGAAAUGAUUUCCAACUAAACAAUCAUGUCUACUGUGCACUACUUGCCGGAUUUGUUGUCUCAGAAAAGGCUAAUGGAGCAGGAGCUUUGAGUUCUGCAUGUGAUUUAGAUGCCAAAUCAUUACUUAUGGGAAAGAAUGAAGAUGCUUGGUUUUCCAACUAUGUUUUCAGGGCAAUGGAGAUUAGCCAUGCCAUUAAACUUCGAGAUAAGAUUGAGGAAUGUGGUGCCCCUAUUGUUGAUUUUUACAGUUUUGUAGUUAUGGGUUUAUGCAAAGUGGGAAGAAUUUUAGAAGCAGAUAAUCUCAUGCAGGAUAUGUUGAGAAUUGGUCUAAUUCCUGACAAGGCGGUUUGUUCUUUUAUCAUUGAGCAUUUCUCCAGGGAGGGGAAAUAUGAUCAUUGCCUCGAGUGGAUGAAGCUCAUUCUCGAAAAAGGUUCUGUUCCAUCUUUUGCAUCUUACUGUUCUGUAAUUCUUGGUCUUCUCAGUGAAGGCAAGGUUGAAGAAGCUAGAGGGCUGGUUUCUGAACUUUUAAGACACACUGAUAUUGAGGACAGAACUGCAAUCUCACCACAUAUUGAGUUCUUAGGAAAGGAAGAUGAACCUUACAGAUGCCUGGAGCUUCUAAAACUAAUCGAGGAAAGGUAUGACAAUGAGAGGCCAAUAAUCUAGUUUCUUUUUUUCUUUCCUUUUAAAAAAGUGUGCAACCCAACCACGUCACAUUGAUCGUUCAUUCUAGUACUACCCUCAUCCAAUCAUAUUUAACUGCAAGUUUUAAUGGGAUUCAGGGCAUUAGUGUUGCUAUGAUCACA